UUUUGAAGGGCGCAUCGCUGUGCUUCCGGUGAGCGCGCGCGCUGCCGUUUCCCCCUGAGCGCUGUCACAUUCCACCAACGGUCACCGAGAUUACUGCGAGCCGCGGGAUGCCGGGACCGCGAGGAACGACGACGACGUUAACGGGAGCCGGACUUGACUUCCAGGAGACGCUUCUCUCCCAGCCUCCCCUCCAGUGAGCACCUGACCCCGGGGGAGGGGCCGCCGCGAGCCGGAGCGAGUUGUCGGGAAGUUUGUCUUCCUAACGGUCACGAACAAAGAUGUCGGAGGAGAUGAUCAGCCUGUUCGAGCUGCUGGACCUGGCCAUCGGGACCCCUCAGAAGGGCUCCGUGAACUUCAGCGCGCUGCACGCGCUGCUCCACGCCGUGCUCCGGCAGCUGCACGUGCAGGAGACGCCGUGGGGGGCGGGCGGCGGCGGGGAGGAGGAGCAGGUGAAGCCCGGGGAGAGCGACGUGUCCCCGGGAGAACAGGAGCCGCAGGAGCCGGGAGCCACCGCCUCCAGCCGGACCCGCGAGGACCGCGAGGCCCAGAACACAGAGCUCAUUCAGGAUCUGCAGAAACAAAGAGACAACAUGAAGGAGGAGAUGAAGGAGGAGAUGAAGGAGAUGAAGGAGGAGAUUGAGGAAAUGAAGAUUGAGAUGAAGGAGGAGAUGAAAGAGGAGAGGAAGGAGGAGACGAAGAAGCAGACGAAGGAGGAGACAAAGGAGGAGAUGAAGGAGGAGAUAAAGAAGAUGAAGGAGGAGAUGAAGGAGGAGAUAAAGAAGAUGAAGGAGAUGAAGGAGGAGAUGAAGGAGGAGAUGAAGGAGCUCUUCCAGCAGCAGCAGGAGGCGCGUGGCCGUGUGGAGGCGCUGGAGGAGUCAGUGAGGUCGCUGAGCGACGCGUUGCAGAGGCGUCCCGACCCCGAGGAGCUGAGCCGCUGUGGGACCUGGAGAGACGGCAGGGCCCCGGACGCCAUCCGGCUAGCAGCUCCAGAAGCUUCCCCCGGUUCUGGCCCGGUUUCCAUGGAGACCGGAUCCACCGCUGGCCGGCUGCUGAGGGCCGUCGGCCAGCUGGAGGGAGGAGAGGCGGAGCCCCGGGUGGAGCCGCCCACAAGGCACAUCGCUGACACGAGCUCCCGGGACGCCUCCGCCACCCUGGCUGAGCAGCUGGACCAGCAGAGAGCUCUGAUCGACGGCCUGCUGAGGGACCGGGACGAGAGGAACCGGACCAGCCCAGACCGGGAGCCCCGAUCAGGGUCCGCAGGGGGCCGGGACUCGGACAGCAGAGCCUCCCACGAGCUCCGGCAGCAGGUGUCCUCCCUCAGGAGGGCUGUGACCACGCUGGAGGAGGACCUGAAGCACCUGAAGGCCACACAGGAGAGGCCCUCCGACGGGGACCUCCAAGGCCAGCUGGACGACCUGCGGCCCGUGCUGGAGGACUCGAUGCGGUCCGUGACCUCUCGGCUGUCGGAGCGCCCGGGCCUCGCCGACGAGGGCGCGGUGACCGCGGGCCGGAAGCUGAGCCGGCUGUACGGGGACUACGAGCAGCUGCAGGACGCCGUGAGCCAGGCCGGGCCGCCCGACCCACAGGUCGUGGACCUGGUGGGCGGCGUGCAGAAGGCGAUCCUGCAGCUUCAGGCCGAGUGUGAAAAGCUGCAGGAAACCACCAGAAGUCUGACGGACGACAGCAGAGAGAGGCGGAGCCACAUCGAGGAGCUGUUCAAGACCACGGAGGAGCUGGAGGAGAAGAAGGCCGACAAGCAGCUGGUGGAGAGCGGCAUGCAGGCAGAGAAGAGCGCUCUGGACAGCAAGGUGAGCCGCCUGCAGUUCGACUCGGUGACCGAGCAGCUGAACCUCAUGUUCCACGAGCUGCUGAGCCGAGUCACGGGUCAGGAGCAGGACUGGAGCAAGGUCAUCGAGCGGCUGUCCACCGAGAUGGAGCACAAGUUGAACAGGAUGGAGCUGGACUCUGUGAAGAAGCAGCUGGAGCUUCGGUGGAAGAACGUCCAACAGAAGCUGAAGGCUCAAGGAGCUCCGGAGCAGGAGGACGCUGCUGGGAUCAGGAAGCAGCUGGUGGACAGGUUCCACUGCCUCUCCUGUGACCGGCCGGUCGUCAUGCACAGCCACGGCCAGCUCCCGGGGAAGCUGCCGUCCUCUCCCGGGUUCCCGUCUCACAAGUCCAUCCGGCCGUUCACCGUUUACGCUCUGGAGCAGUUCAGGCAGCAGUACAGGAGCCUGAAACCAGGAAGCAGCCACCUGAACUACGAGAUGGCCGCCAGGAGGAGGGAGGAGCUCCAGAGGAGCCACGCUGUGAUGUGCAGACACAUAGAGAGGAGGACACGAGGGGACCAGAACCAGAACCAGGACCAGGACCAGGCAGGGAUCCUGCACGACCGGGUCUCUGAGGGGACGGACUACGUCCAGCUGGCCCUGCCUCGCAGCUGUGGGGGGAGUCACACCGUCACCGGGGGCAACCAGCGCCGCUCCAUGAAGCAGCACGCCCAGCUGGAGGGGGACCAGGGGGUCCAGGGGGUCCAGGAGGAGGUGGAUAUCGUCGGCCUGGACGGACACAUUUACAGGGGGCGCCUGAACGCACCAGCCAGAGAUACAGACACUAAACUCCCUACGAUCUCUACCAAAGAUGGAAAAAGUAAAGAUAAGGCCAAAAGCUCUCUGCCCUACAAACACAACACAUCUCCAGAGGGCCACAGUGUGAGGAGCAGCCGCUCAGCCUCCAGCCUCUCGGGGAGGGAGUGGCCUGUGUCGGCUCUGGGCUCCGCCUCUCCGGCUUCAGCUGCAGCGGAGCCCUCUGACCUGUAG